UAACCUGUUUCUUUUCAAUUAAACAAUUAACGGCUUUACUCUUUACUUUUCAGAAUCUAUUAAAUUUCCGAAAAUAUUGUAACUAAUGACAAUUUGAUGACAAAUCGCCAUUCGUUUGAUUAUAAUCUAAAUGUUGACCAAAAUUCUGAUCAGCUAGUAAAUCGAAAAAGUAAUGUUUGUGAUUCUUUCAGUUUAGUGUAAUUUUCAUUUCGUCUCAUGUUACUUCUGAUAUCCCUUGAUGUGAUAUGGAUUAAUCUUUCAUUUUUUUCGUCAUUAUCUAUAAUCUAUAUCUGAUUCCAUGAGUUUUCACCAUGAAAGAGAAAAGUUACAAGAAAAAAAAGCAAGAGAAAAAAAGAGUGAGAAGAAAGAGACAGAGAGCGAGAAAGAAGUAACCAGAAAGAAAGGAUUCGAUGAUUUUAGUUAAUUGUUGAGAAAAAGAAAAGAAAUGCUUUCGUUUUUUUUAUCAUUAUUAGUGAUUUAGGUUGACAAAUGGAUAACACGGAGCGGGUAAAAAUACCCUGUCCUUGGGAUCGAGCUAAUCUCUUGUCGCGAACGUCAUUUGCAUGGACUUUGUCUCUGUUCAAAAAAGGGUAUAAACAAGAUCUUGAACUGGAUGACAUGUUCAGAUGUAGCGUUCAUGAUGAAGCUGAUAAGGUUUAUGAACAACUCUCUAUUCAAUGGAACAAGGAAUUGAAAAAUAAAAAUCCAAGUCUAGUCAGAGCUUUAAUGAAAGCCUUUGGGUAUAAACAUUUACUCUAUUCACUGUUGAUCAUUGGUUAUGAGGAUUUUUUCAUUCGAAUCAUUCAACCUUUUUUCAUGGGUGCCAUAAUUAAUUAUUUUUACAAGCGAGAUGAAGAAGGAGCUUCUGAUCGACUCAUCUUCUAUUCAAUUGGUUUCUGUUUUUGUUCAAUUUCAUUUGUUGUAACUCAUCAUCCAUGGUUUGUCAAUGCCGCUCGGUAUGGUUUAAAGGCUCGAGUUGCUGUUCAAAGGUUAAUGUUUGAAAAAUUGGUAACUCUUCCUAAAUCAGCAAUACUCAAUAAUGAGAUUGGUCAAAUUGUUAAUCUCAUGUCAAACGAUGUGCAAAGAUUCGAUGAGUGUUCAUGGUUUCUACCCUACCUAAUAACUGCUCCUAUUCAGGCAAUUAUUAUCUCCUUUCUUAUUUGGGGUUACAUUGGACGCUCUUAUUUAGCCGGUUUUGCUAUAAUUGUUGUUUUUGUUCCAUUUCAAUCAAUCAUGGGCUCAGCAUUUGGAUCUACUCGCCGUGGAACUGCUACAUUUACCGAUGAACGGAUCAGAUUAAUGACAGAAGUGCUCUCAGGGAUCAAAGUGAUCAAGUUGUAUUCCUGGGAAAAGCCUUUUGCUGAUAUGGUUCAAUCAUUAAGAGAAAAAGAAAUGAAAAGUGUGAAAUGGUUUUGCACCCUUCGUGCUAUUAACAUGUCGUUUUCUUAUGUGACAACACGUAUUAUCGUAUUCGCUUGUUUUGUAACUCAUGUUUUACGUGGCUAUUCACUUACGGCUGAAAUAGUUUUUGUCACUUUAGCUUUAUUCAACACCUUGAGGGUAACAUUAACCCUGCAAUUUCCUCAAGCUGUAACUACUGUAUUCGAAGCUAGAGUCUCCUGUGCGCGUAUAUCGGCUUUACUUGGUUUGGAAAGUCUUAGCAGUGGUAACAACGGUAACAACAUAUUAAGAGCCGAUGAUCCUGAGAAACCUCGUUGUCUUUUUAUUGACAAAUUAACAUCAUUUUGGGAUCCAACCGAUGAUGAUGCUUGCUUGGAAAAUAUCAGCUUGGAAGUGCUUCAAGGAGAUCUUGCUGUUAUCGUUGGCUCAACUGGAAGCGGUAAAACUUCUCUGUUGCUUGCUAUUCUUGACGAAAUUCAUAAUAAGAGCGGGAAGAUUACUCUUAAUGGUACAAUUUCUUACGCAUCUCAAGAAAUUUGGUCCUUCAAUGCUAGUAUCAAGGAUAACAUUUUGUUUGGUCAACCUUUUAAUGCCGAAAGAUACAAAAAAGUUUUAGCAGCGUCUACUUUGGAUCGAGACUUAAUGACUUUUCCUUACGGAGAUGCAACACUGGUUGGAGAAAGAGGAAUCGGUCUUAGUGGAGGUCAAAGGGCGAGAGUUUCGUUAGCAAGAGCACUUUAUCGAGAAGCAGAUAUAUACCUUUUGGAUGAUCCAUUAAGUGCUGUUGAUGCGCAAGUUGCCAAUCUUAUAUUCGAAAGAUGUAUUCAAGAAUUUUUAAAAGAUAAAGUCAUUUUAUUGGUCACACAUCAGAUUCAAUUUUUGCGAAGGGCCAAUAUUAUUUUACUCAUGAAAGACGGUAAAGGGUCAGUAUUUAAUUCACUCACUGACCUUCAAGAGGCCAAUGUUGACUUAGUUAGUGAACUGUCCCAUGAAACAGCAAAAAGUAAAUUGCGAAAAGCUAAGCGAGCCAAAAAGCAAUUGGAAAAACAAGCAAAAUCUAAAAAUAAGGGAAAAAAGUCUUCAAUUGUAUCAAUUAAGAGCAGAGCUUCAUCAGGUUCAUCGCAAAUUUCAAUAAGUUCAAUACCAAUGACCAUUGUUGAUGUAGUGCCGGUAGACAUUUUACCUAGUCCUGCUGUUGAACAAUAUACUCGCGGUACUGUCAAGUGUAAAGUUUAUUGGGUUUAUCUCAAAGCAGGAGCCGGUGUUAUCCUUGGGACUCUUACGCUUUUGGCAAAUAUAGCAUCGCAAAUAUUUUUCACGUCGAAUGAUCUUUUUCUCUCUAAAUGGACUGAUCAAGCUUCAGGCUCACGAGAAAUGACAUAUAGAAACAACAUCAUGAUGGAAUCUCUCUGGUCUUAUGUCCCUUAUUCCUUUUAUAGCUUACCGAUUGUUGACUUUGAUUAUGCAGGUUAUUAUCGAACAAAUGAGCCAAUAGAAACUAAUAUAGGAAUUUAUUCUGCGCUUAUUGCUGGCCUGUUUGUGACAACAGUUUUAAGAUCAACUUUACUUAUUCGUAUUUGUAAUAAUGCAUCAAUCAACUUGCAUAAUGAAAUCUUUCAUCGAAUCUUGCGUUCACCUAUGUCAUUAUUUGAAACUAAUCCAAUAGGUAGAAUCUUGAAUAGAUUUUCUAGAGAUUUGUCAAUAAUUGAUGAGCUACUUCCAUCAACGGCAUUUGAUCUUAUUGUGAAUUCGUUUACUGCUCUGGGAUGUCUAUUUACUAUCGCUUAUGUCUCUCCAAUAUUAAUUAUUCCGGCCAUUUUUCUCAUUAUUGGAGUAUUAUCAUUGAGGAAAUUUUACCUUCACUCGGGAAGAGCUAUUAAGAGAAUCGAAUCCACAGCCCGAAGUCCAAUUUACUCUCUCAUUCAAUCUGUUGUUGAUGGUAUUGUAACGAUUCGUUCUCACAAAGCUGAGCACUUGUUUCGCCGAAGAUUUGAAGCCCAUUUAAAUGACCAUUCAGGAACUUGGUUCACCUUUAUUUGUUUGUCCAGAGCUUUGGGAGUGUUUACUGAUUCCUUUUGUCUUUUGUACAUUAUAGUUGUGACAUCAGCUAUUGUUGCUUACAACCAAGACUCUGCACCUGGGGAAAUUGGUGUGGCGCUUUCAUCCGUUGUUAUUCUCAUUGGACUUUUCCAAUGGUCAGUUCGUCAAUCAGCCGAGUUUGAAAGUCAAAUGACUUCAGUAGAAAGAAUCAUUGAGUAUACUGAAUUGGAUACGGAAGCUGAUGCUGUAACUGAUGUAACUCCACCAGACAAUUGGCCUUUCGAUGGUCAAAUUGAAUUUAAAAAUCUUACUCUUCAAUAUCCAUCAGCUCCAAAACCCACACUAUCAGAUAUUAGUAUAACUAUUAAUGCCAAAGAAAAGGUCGGUGUUGUUGGUAGAACUGGUGCUGGAAAGAGUUCCCUGUUGACUUGUUUAUUCAGAAUUGUUGAGCCAAAAGAAGGAACGAUAAUUAUAGAUGGUCUUGAUAUCAUGACUUUAGGGUUGGAUACUCUUCGUAGAAAGAUUUCAAUCAUUCCUCAAGAAGCUGUACUAUUUGCUGGAACAAUUAGACAUAAUUUAGACCCAUUCAAGGAACAUGAUGAUUUCGCUCUUUGGGAAGCUCUAGCCAAUGUUCAAUUGGAGAAAACUGUUGACGAGUUUCAAGGUAAACUGGAUUAUGAACUUAGAGAAGGUGGAAGUAAUUUUUCUGUCGGACAACGACAAUUAGUUUGCCUUGCGCGAGCACUUCUCAGAGACAACAAGAUUCUCGUUAUUGACGAGGCAACUGCUAAUGUUGACUAUUCAACAGACUUGGUAAUUCAACAGACAAUCAGAAACAAAUUUGCCAAAUGUACAACACUGACUAUUGCCCAUCGUCUAAAUACAAUCAUCGACUCUGACCGUGUUUUGGUAUUGGAUGAUGGAAAAGUGGCCGAAUUUGAUUCACCUCAUAAUUUGCUUCAAAAAAAGCAAACAUUGUUUUCAAAAUUGGUUGCCCAAACCGGGAAAGCAAUGGCACGAAAAUUGAAACAGGCAGCCGAAGAAUUUCAUAAAGCUAGACUAAGAGGUGAUGAGGUCGUCUUCACCCAUCUUGCAAAGCCUAAAACGGAUCCACCUGAUACACCUGAUAUUUUACAGGAUAAAGACAAAGAUAAAGAUAAAGAUAAAGAUAAAUGAUUUAGACAUUUUUUAGGCUUAAUCAAAUUUUAUUUAUACUCCUGUACUUUUUCAUUUUUUUACAGGUCUUUUCAUUUGGGUUUCAACCAGAUUCUAUAUCAAAGUCAGCUUCCUAAAUCUUUAAAUGUUAAUCAACUGUCUUAAUCUAUCCUCUCGCUCAACUCGCUACAAGACUUCCAUUGAAGAUGAUUGUUUAAUAUCUGAAAUUUCAAACGUUUUAACUGCAUCAUGGAUCUUUACUGAAAGGGUCUUUCCUGAUCUUUUCAACUUGGUUUCAAACACUUAAAAGUCACAAAUCUCAUUUACAAUAUUAUAAUAAUGGACUGAAAAAGGCACAAUGUUCAGAAUCACAACUUGAGAUUUUCUCAUUUUUAAACAUAAUUUUGUCUUUGGCUUGAACAUUAUUCAGUCUUAAUGUAAUUUUAAUGUAAUUGCCAUUGAAUGGUGACAUUUGAUUCCCAUUUUGAGAAUAUAAUGGACUAAAGAAGGAGAAACGUAAUCAUCAGAAAGAAACAAGACAAAAGUUGUAAAUGGACUCUGAGCAAAAAAAAAUCUGAUUCUGGAAAUGUAAGUUUCUUACAAGAUGAAGAGCCAAAGGAAUGAGGUUGAAACCUGAAAAAAAGGCAAAAUAAAAGUGAGCAAAGAGGAAGGAAAAAUAGUUUUAUUUCUUGAUGUUGUUUCUGCUGUUGGGAUAAAAAAAGACAUCAAUAUUUGGACUAAAAACUAAACCCUCGAUUGAUGGCAAACACACCUAAGAAAGCGAGGCAAAAAUCAAGUAAACUAAAUUAUUUGUGAUGUUGCCUGAAAAAAAAUAUCAAAAACAAAACAAAUUGGUUUUACGUUUAAAGAAGGAAAACUCAAGAAAAUUUUGACCAAUUCUAAGUUCAGUCAAACUGAUCAAAUACUUUAAACCUGAGUGACACAACUGUUUGAUGCCAUUAAUCGAUAACGAACAUCCGAAUGAUUCAAUUUAAUUUGUCAAUCUUGUCAAAUGGAAAUUAAAAUGGAACCAUUUUCCAUCAA